GUCGGCUGUCAAAAUUUGACAGGUUGUUCUCUCUAAAAUUGGUUUGUUAUGAACAAUUUUUGUUUAUCUUCCGUAACUUAUUUACUGAUGUAAUGGAUGAAAAAUUGGAAUCAUUCCGUCGAAAUAAAUCUCGGCAGUUGUUUAAAACGAAGGUUAAAGAUAUGACUUCAUCAUUUUUAUUGACAGCAGUGAAUUUUUUUUCGAGGAAACAUAAAUUUUCCAAUAAUGAAAGUAUAGAGGAGCUCGAAAAAGAUUCAAUGGAUAUGGAUUCUUCCCAAAAAUCAGAGACAUUGAAUAUAGAGCUCGAAAAAGAUUCAGUGGAUGUUGAUUCUUCCCUAAAGUCCGAGACCUUGAAUAUAGUAACUUUAAAGACAUUUCUGUUGUUUAUAUUAUGGUUGGUGACUUAUUUUUAUUCUAUACAUAUUGAAUUUGGAGCUGUUUAUUUUUGCAUUUGUGCUCUCUUGUUUAUAUAUUUUAAUACAAGGACUGGAAAAAGACCGAGAGAUGAAAUAAGUGCAUAUUCAGUUUUUAACAGAAACUGUGAAAGGAUUGAUGGCACAUUUAGUGCUGAAGAAUUUGAAAAGCAAUUAAGAAAAGGAAUGUUGUAGCGUAUUUAUUAUUACUGUGAUAUAAAUUGAAAGCUUUAAUUAAUUGGUCAAUUAAACAGUUGACCAGGAUAAUUAAACAAUGGUUUAAGUCAAGAAAUCUCAUGGUCUUACUCUAAUUUAUAUUUUAUACUCAUAAUAUAUUUUUUGUAAUGUUAUAAUAUUGUAUUAUAUAAAUUUGGGUUUUUAUUUCACUCAUAAAAUCAUAUAUGAUUAAAAUGAAUAAUUUUAUAAAUUGAUUAGUAGUGAAUUCAAAUUAGUUUAGUUGACUAUAUAAAUUAUUUUUUAAACUAACUUUUUUAAAGAAUUUUUUUUGAUUGU